CCAGCCAAUGAGGCUUCUGGAGGGUAGAUUUGAAAGGCGAAAGUCUUCAGUCUGCGGCGCGACAGCGAUGGGGAAGGAGGUGCGUGCAGCCCGCAGGCUUAUGGUGUGACUUGCCUUAUACAGCAAUACAGAGGGAGAGAAGAGAGAUUUUCAGGUAUCUUGACGCUGGAGCUGUACUAAUUUGGGGGACAAGCUUUCUGGCUUUUUCUUCCUGUGGGGGGCUUGCAAUCUGAAGCCAAGCAAGAAACUGAACCGUUGUCACCCCCAGGAUGGCAAAUAAGGAAAAUGUGAGCAGUAUCUACAGCAGCCUUUCCAAAUUUAAAAGCCAGACAGACUCUCAGCGAGUUCCCUAUAAGGAUACCAGCAGUGCAUACAGCACCCCUUCUGGAUCGCUUCUGGCGCAAAGGGCUCUUACUAAUAGCAUAAAACAGGGUUUGAAGAUGUCCAGUGCACAAAACCCAGCUGUUGCAGGCCGAGUACCUGUUGAGUCUACUUCCAACGCUCUUCCGGCACAGGAAGCAUCAGAGACAAAGCGCGAGUUCACCAUUGAAGACUUUGAGAUUGGGCGGCCUCUGGGCAGAGGGAAGUUCGGCAACGUCUACCUCGCCCGGACGAAAGAAACCAAGUUCAUAGUAGCUCUCAAGGUGCUCUUCAAGUCCCAAAUGGAGAAGGAAGGCGUGGAGCACCAGCUGCGGAGGGAAAUUGAGAUACAGUGUCAUCUCAGGUACUGGGAAGAGCCAAUCUUUGGGAUUCCAGGCGAUUUUGGCUGGUCGGUACAUGCCCCCUCACUCAGGAGAAAGACCAUGUGUGGAACUCUGGACUACUUGCCGCCGGAGAUGAUUGAAGGCAAAGCCCACGACGAGAAGGUGGACCUCUGGUGCAUCGGGGUGCUGUGCUACGAGUUCCUAGUGGGGCACCCGCCCUUUGAGAGCUCUUCCCACUCCGGGACCUACCGCCGCAUUGUCUCGGUUGAUCUCAAGUUUCCGCCAUUUGUCACAGAUGGGGCCCGGGACUUGAUUACGAAGCUACUGCGCCAUAAUCCGUCAGAACGGUUAUCACUCCAGGCUGUGAUGGACCACCCUUGGGUGAAAGCCAACUCAAAGCGGGUGCUGCCUCCAGUCUUCAACCCUGUGCCCAUGAACUAGUUCUGUGUAUAUAACUGAAUUGUGCCAAUAUUCCAUUUGACCAUUGCCUGGAAAAAAUUUAAUAUGGGGGGAGGCAGGGACGAAGGGUAUUCUCCUACAGAAACUUAAAAGUCUUUUGCACACUGUUUCUGAUUACAUGCUUGACACUGUACAUAUUGGAAACCUGGCCUUCAACUAGAGUUGCAGAGUUUGACUGCAAGUGGAGAUUAAGUCUCAUUUUCAAUAAGCCUGCACUGGCUCAAACUAUACUAAGAUUGGUGUUAUCUUCCUGUAUAUAUUUCUUACAGUGACUUCUGUGAUUUUAAU